CUAAGUGCGGUCAGAGGAGUAAGCAGAAAGCAGUGCGCGAAGCUAUGUUUCGAUCCGGGAUCGCCUGGCUGAAGCUCCAGACAAAGCUGAGCAUCGCCAUCUUUUCCCUGCAAUGCCUUCUGAUAAAUUCCAUCCUCCUGUUCUUCACGCUCAAAGACAAGGUGCUCCUGGAAUUCGACAUCGAGCAGCAGCCUCUCCUGCUGUACGUGAUAACUCUCGUGGUCCGCUUCCUCGCCGGCGUAGUUACUGACCUGGGCCUCCUCAUCGGCGUGUACUUCAGCAUGAAGGCUCUCAUAAUCGUGAACGUUGUCUGGAAAGGGACCGGUGCCAUCUUCGACAUCGUGCACGGCGCAACCUUCUUCCCUCUCGUCUACCAACAACUACGCCAGCUGAUAGACCACAUCUUCAGCAACGAAGGCCUCGCAAGUGUUGGGUACGAAGAAACGUUAACCUGUACGCUGUACCUCUGCCUUGCCCUACUGAUGGGCUACGGAACGUACAGGAUCAAUCUUUACUACAGGGGGCUCUACAUGGAGGAUGCCAGGAUGACAACGGUAGAUGUCGCAGCUUCCCGUAUCAUUUCAAGUGUGUCUAGUACGUAG